UUUCUUUGUCUUGCAGAGAGAUGCCAAGGGCCAGUACCUGUUCGACCUUCUCUGCCACCACCUGAACCUGCUGGAGAAGGACUACUUCGGCAUUCGGUUUGUGGACCCCGACAAGCAAAGGCAUUGGCUGGAGUUUACCAAGUCGGUUGUGAAGCAGAUGAGAGCCCAGCCUCCCUUCACCAUGUGCUUCCGUGUGAAGUUUUAUCCCACGGACCCCGCCGCUCUGAAGGAGGAGAUCACCAGGUAUUUAGUCUUCCUGCAGAUCAAAAGGGAUCUCUACCACGGCCGUCUUCUCUGCAAGACUUCGGAUGCUGCUUUGUUGGCCGCCUAUAUCCUUCAAGCUGAGAUCGGGGACUACGACCCGGGGAAGCACCCGGAAGGCUACAGCUCCAAGUUCCAGUUCUUCCCCAAACACUCGGAGAAGCUGGAGAGGAAGAUUGCGGAGAUCCACAAGUCGGAGCUGAGUGGACAGACACCAGCUACUUCAGAGCUGAAUUUUCUCAGGAAAGCCCAGACUCUGGAGACCUACGGGGUUGACCCACACCCUUGCAAGGACGUGUCGGGGAACGCGGCGUUUUUGGCCUUCACUCCCUUCGGUUUUGUUGUUCUGCAGGGAAACAAGAGAGUUCACUUCAUCAAGUGGAACGAGGUGACCAAAAUGAAAUUCGAGGGGAAGACUUUCUAUUUAUACGUAAGUCAGAAGGAGGAAAAGAAAAUUGUUCUUACGUACUUUGCCCCAACACCAGAAGCCUGCAAGCACCUCUGGAAGUGCGGGAUAGAAAACCAGGCUUUCUACAAGUUGGAGAAGUCAAGCCAGGUCCGGACAGUGUCCAGCAGCAACUUGUUCUUCAAGGGAAGCCGGUUCCGAUACAGUGGCCGCGUUGCAAAGGAGGUGAUGGAGUCCAGUGCCAAGAUCAAGAGGGAGCCCCCCGAGAUUCACCGGGCAGGGCUGGUGCCGAGCCGGAGCUGCCCCUCCAUCACCCACGGCCCCCGCCUGAGCAGCGUGCCCCGCACCCGCAGGAGAGCCGUGCACAUCUCCAUCAUGGAAGGCCUGGAGUCUCUGCGCGACAGCGCCCACUCGACGCCGGUGCGCUCGGCCUCCCACGGCGACGCCUUCGUGGCCCCCGGCCGGAGCGGCCGCGCCGAGAGCAGCGAGCGGGUGGCCGUCAUCGCCGACGAGAACUACAGCCCGGCGGACAGCGUGCUGCCCACGCCGGUGGCCGAGCACAGCCUGGAGCUGAUGCUGCUCUCGCGGCAGGCGAACGGGGCCCCGUGCAGCAUCGAGGAGGAGAAGGAGUCGGAGGCCGGCACGCCGGCGGCGGCCGAGGCGGAGGAGGGCGGCGAGCUGCGGGCCCUGUGCCCGGGCGCCGGCGGCCUCGGGGCGGCGCAGGCGGAACAGGUGAAUAAGUUUGUUUUAAGUGUCCUCCGUUUGCUCCUUGUGACAGUUGGACUCCUCUUUGUUUUGCUCCUCCUCCUCAUCGUCCUUACCGAGUCCGACCUUGACACUGCCUUUUUCCGUGAUAUCCGCCAGACCCCCGAGUUCGAGCAGUUCCAUUACCAAUACUUUUGUCCCCUCAGGCGAUGGUUUGCCUGCAAAGUCCGCGCCGUGGUAAGCCUGCUCAUUGACACCUGAAGGCAGGAGUCGCCACGUAACUAGCCGGGGGCCUGGGGAGAGACCUGCCGCCGUCCCCCGCGCGCGGGACCCGCCGGGGCGCCUUCGGCACACACACACUAAUCCUCCCUUCCCGACCCAGAGCACGGCGCGGCCGAGGAGGCGGCUUUCCGGGAGGAAGAGGUGGGGGGGUGGGCGCAGCCCCCCGGGCCUCCUCCUCCCCGCGCUGCUCCCACCCCUGGAGCCCGCACAACACUUCACCAUUUCGAUUCUCACAGGCGCGCGUACGCCUUCGGGAGCACCGAGCAGAGAGAGGAAUUUAUUUUACUAUUGCCACCCAUCGUUGUUCGAGCAUCGGCCGGGAGGCUCGCGAUGCUGUGUUACGCAGGAGCUUUAGCAAUGGUGCUACUGAGUAUUAAUUUAAACACUCGUGUACUGUUACGUUAUUAAAUCCGCCACUGUGCACGCCGCCACCGCCACCACCUUCCACGUACCGCUUUGCAGAAACCCCUCCCUGCUCGCCGGAGACCCCUGGGCAGCGUGACGCGCUCGGGGCCGCCCCGGCUCCCCCGUCCCAGGCGGGUGUGCGAGCCGCCCUGCGCUGCGGGCUCGGCCUCUCGGCACCUUUUUUCCUAAGCCUUGAAGUGUCGGUGCUCCCGAGGGCAGGCAGAGCGUGGCAGGCAGAGCACGGCAGGCACGCUCGGCCAAGCCUGGGUGCGUGGCCGGCAGCGACCGCAUCGGCUUUGUUAGGAAGACCUUUAGCCUCCAAAAGUUGUACCUGUUUUGUACAAAAAAGAAAAAAAAAAAGGAAAAAAAAAAAAAAAAGACAGACUGUUUCAAGGUCUAUUUUAACAACAAAAUGCUAUUUUGUUAUCAAAUCUAAUCAAGUCUUUUUUUACUUUACGGCUUGGGUGACCGUGGUGCGCUGUACCAAGCGGUUCACAUUGAGCAAAUGGUUUAAGAGUAACCGCUUUCGUAGCCCGGAAGCCUGACAGCAGUUAAACCGCCGCUAGUUUGGGAAUAGAGAAAGGAGCUAUAAUUUUGUGACUUUUCUGAAGAUAAAAAGGACAGAACUACAGGCGUGGAGGUGACAGCGAACAAGCCCACGGAGAGCCAUUAGAUCUAUCCGUUCGUAAGCAAAAAUCAAUAACACCAACUCAUCGUACUUGCGACAUAACCACCGGGACCUUCGGUUACCUGGGAGGCAGAAGUCUCUUUCCACAGGGAGCAAUAAAAGCCAGUUCUGUUAAGUUUUUUUGGUUCAGAAGUUGGACAUACUUAACAAAACAGGUGAGCAAGUUUUAUUUCAUCUCAGGGAGAGAUUUUACAUAAGCUGGGGCCAUAACUGCAGUUCUAAAAAGCCUGAUUUCCGUGUUCUUCGCACAUCCCACCACCAUCCAUCGCCCCACGCGAGCGCCGCUCCCCACCGAGGCCGGCUCCCGCCCGGACCCGCUCAGCCGGCGCCUGGCGAAGGGCGGGACGAUGACGUUGGGGGCGCCGCCGCCACCACCACAACUCGGCCAGACUUGGCCCGUGUCUCACUGCAAUAAAGCGCGAGGCCCCGUUGAACGCCCGGCGGUGGGGAGGGGUGGGAAUAAAGCCCUACGCCGGCGUGUCUCGCCGCCGAGGACGCGGCCGCCCGCUGACAGCACAAGGCCGAGGAGGGUGUCGUGUACGGCCGCAGCUCUUGAGCAGGCGGGAGGGCGCCGAGCGCUGCCAGGAGAUGGAGGAUCGAUUUUUUUACAUGAUAUCCCUUUUUAUGCAACAUAGCAAAAUUAACUUAGUGUAGUGUUCCUACCUCAGUCCGUAGUCAAUGGUGUUUCUAUGCAGUGCGUGAUAGUCCCGAACCCGCCGUUCUUUUUUUCCUCCACCCCGGGUUAAAGAUGCAGCGUGCCCUCCUCCUCCUCCUCCUCCCUGCUGAUGUGCCGCGUGAUGUCGUAACAGCACAGCCCUCCGCCGGCGAGCGCCCGGCCCCGCGCCCCGUGAGCCAGCGUCCUGCCGACCGCGGUGCCGCCGCCGCGCGCUGACCUUGGAAACCCUCGGCAUCGGCUUGCGCUAGCGUAGCGAUACGUGCCAGCCCUAGGUUACCGCUGCAGGUUGUGGUUUUUUUUCCCACCCAGCGUUUUACUGCAAAACCACGAGAACUGGUGAUUUCACAUUGUUUGUUUUUCCUGUACGUUCCAUAUUAUGUCUGGUGUUUCACUACCUGUUAGUUUUACCUGUCUUUCUAUUAAAAUGUUGUUUCCAUAGAUUCUUAUAUCAGAGAACAAAAAAAAAUAAAUCUCCUAAUAGCAGACUGCAUCUUUAAGCAGUAGAUGGUAAAAAUACCUGAAAAUGUGAAUUUCUUAGUUUUCAUAAAAAAAAAGAUCUAGCAAUUAACCUUUCAUGUGCCAAAUACUGUAAGUUACAUUUUUUUUUCCUUCAAAAUGUACCUUUUUCUACAUAUUCAGUAUCUUAGUUAGCAUAAAAUCAUUGGUGCCAUGAAAAGUAUUUUUAAAUUUAAAUAAAUAUUUAAAUAUCACGGAA